UGCUUUGACAUCCCAUCAUGUUUUCAAAUCUAUCGAGUCACAUUCAUUGGACAUUGAAAGAAAUGUCACACAGAGAUGUAAACACUCGUCCUGUUGUAGAAGAGAAGAAAACUACUGAAACAGUUUUGAGUUGGAAAAAGUGGUUACUUAAACGUGAGUCGUUGUUGCAAGUACUCAACCUGUUAUUGGUAUUUGCUUCAGCACUAGUCAUUUGGAAGGGUGCCAUAGCAGUUUCCUUAUCCGAAAGUCCAGUUGUGGUAGUUUUGAGUGGGAGUAUGGAACCCGGCAUGAGAAGAGGUGACUUAUUGGUGUUGAGUAAUAGAACGAAACAACUUCGUUGUGGUGAUAUUGUGGUAUAUAAAGUACAAAAUCGAGAAAUUCCCAUCGUGCAUCGUAUAAUUGAGGUGCACGACGAUGGAAACGAACCUUUGUAUUUGACCAAAGGGGAUAAUAACUUUUUUGAUGAUCGCAGUUUGUAUUCACCGAAUACUUUUUUCUUGAGAAGAGGUGAUAUUGUUGGCAAGUCCAUCUUCAUAGUUCGGUGGGUCGGUAUGGUCACCAUUAUUAUGAAGGAGCAUCCAUUUUUGAAAUUGAUUAUUGUUGGUUUUUUAUCAUUGACAGUUUUGUUGGGAGAAUGAAAUGGUGAAUGCCCUCAAGUCAUUUGCAUUUUAGUAUUGACACUCUCACCUAUUCAAAAGAAAACAGACACACAUACAUAUGCACAUAUACACAUAUGUAUAUUUGUGUAUGGUCAUCCGGUAAAAAGAAUAUUCUUGAUCCAGUCAUAUAUCAUCGGUUGCAUUCCUAGCUUUACAUGACCGUACAUUUU